AUCGCUACUUUCAUAAGCACGCUACACAAUGGGUAUUGAAGAAAGUUUAUUCUUACAAAAGUUUAUUAACUUUGGUGAAAAGAAGGCUGGUUCAACCACCAGAAGUAUCUUGGUUGGUUUGUUUUCUGCGUUUGGUGGAUUUCUUUUUGGGUAUGACACUGGUACUAUUUCCGGUAUUUUAGCCAUGGAUUUCGUAAAACAUCAAUUUCCAGCCAAUAGACUUUCAGCUGAACCAUUCUUCACUGCAAGUGAAAGUUCCCUCAUUGUUUCAAUUUUAUCUGCCGGUACUUUUAUUGGUGCUUUGUCUGCUCCACUCUUUUCAGAUAGAAUCGGUCGUAAGUGGACUUUGAUUUUGUCUUCAUUGAUUGUUUUCAACUUGGGUAUCCUUUUACAAACUAUUGCUGAAGCUAUUCCACUUUUGGUGGCUGGUAGAUUCUUUGCUGGUUUAGGUGUUGGUUUAAUCUCUGCUGUUGUUCCUUUGUAUAUUGCGGAAACGACUCCCAAAUGGAUCAGAGGUGCUAUUAUUUCAUGUUAUCAAUUGGCUCUCACUUCUGGUUUGUUGAUUGCUGCUUGUGUCAACAAAGGAACUUCUGAAAGACAAGAUUCUGGGUCUUAUAGAAUUCCAAUUGCUCUUCAAUUUGCUUGGGCUCUUAUCUUGGGUGGUGGUAUGAUCUGCCUUCCUGAAACUCCAAGAUUCUAUAUUUCCCAAUCUAAUGAAGAUAAAGCUAAGAAUUCGUUGAGAAGAUUGAGAAAGCUACCUGUAGAUCAUCCUGAUUUGCUUGAAGAAUAUGAUGAAAUCAAAGCCAACUUUGAAUUUGAAAUGCAAUUUGGUAAAGCUACCUGGUUAUUAGUUCUCAAAAAUGUUAACAGACAACAUCACAGAUUGUUUGUUGGGGUUGCGAUUCAAGCGCUCCAACAAUUGACUGGUAUUAAUUUCAUUUUCUACUUUGGUACUCAAUUCUUUCAAAGUUCCGGUAUUAAAGACCCAUUUCUUGUGCAAUUGGCUACUAACAUUGUUAAUGUGGGUAUGACCUUCCCUAGUAUUGCAUUGAUUGAUAUUUUGGGUAGAAGAAGCAUGUUGUUGGCUGGUUCGGUAGUUAUGGCAGUUUCUCAAUUGAUCGUUGCUAUUGUUGGUGUUGUCAGUGAUUCCCAGGCAGCUAAUCAAUGUUUGGUUGCAUUCUCGUGUAUUUUCAUUGCAGGUUUCGCAUCAACUUGGGGACCUCUUUGUUGGGCCGUUGUUGCUGAAAACUUUGCUAUUAAUGUCAGACAAAAGUCGGUUGCUCUUUCAGUUGCUUCUAAUUGGAUCUGGAACUUUGCUAUUGGUUACGCAACUCCAUAUAUGGUUGACUCUGGUCCAGGUAAUGCCAACUUGGGAUCUAAAGUCUUCUUUAUUUGGGGUGGAUGUAAUGUUAUUGGUUUCAUAUUCGUUUACUUUUUUGUUUAUGAAACUAAGGGGUUGACUUUGGAGGAAGUGGAAGAAAUGUAUAUGAAGGUUGACAAAGCUUGGAAUUCUACUAAGUUUGUGCCAAGUGGAAUCCAUGAAGCUAGUUCUUCAAUCGAAAAAACAGAGACUGAACAAAUCGAAAAGGUUUAAUCUUAUAUUCCAUUUUACAAGUUUAAUUAUCGCAUAUAAUCCAAUAUAUGCUGUGUAUAUUGAUAUUCAUUGAUCUAUUAAUGGCGCGUUAUACUCUUUACUCUUAUAAUCCCAAUAAAACGUAACUUCAUUAGGGGAAUCUUCGGGAACACUACAUUGUUGCACGAAAUUAACACCCUCUAGCCUUUUGUUGAGAAUCUCAAACAAUUGGUUCAUCUCACAAGAAAACCCUGGCCCAUUGCUGCAAUUUGGAUAGGGAACCACGGCAUCAUUCAUAAUGAAUCUAAUAAAAUAUUCUUCACCGCACUUUAAUUUCUCUGUAUAUACUCUCGCUGCUUGUGGGAAUAAUUCUGCCGCAUUAUACAUGUUAGGAAACGGCACAUAGUCAGUAGGUAAGUCUCUUGAUGGUAUAAUUAGACCUAAGGAGGUUAAGAAUAUUUCCAUAUCUGAAUCAUGGGUGAACGAGAGCCAAAUUUUAUUCUCAUCUUUCAAAAGUUUCAUAAAUGCUUGCACCAAAGGUGAUCCGACCACUUUGGAAUAUGGAUUUCCCUCGCCUAUCGAGUUGUAGUUGUAUAAAUCGUUCCGAUAUCCAUCUUUAAUAAACUCGUCGUUUUUGAACAAGUUGCAAAAUGGUGAGCUGCCACGCACAUUUAUUUCAAAGGCACACCAUAGAAAUAAGGAUUGAACCUGUUGAGUAGAUAAUGGUAAUUCUGGAUUGGAUUUUUGUAAUCUGGUUAAAAUGUCUUGCAAAUAAGUCCUGUCAUACUGGUUGAUUUUAUCUGUAUUCACAUGCUCGUCUAACUUAGGACAAGCAUACCUCGGCGUCAACGAAUUGGCCCCCAUUUUACCAUCCUCAUCGACAAUCACAAACUUGGCUUUGCUGAUAUCACCCAAGAAUCCUUCUGUGAAGUAUUGAGCACUUUUAUGUACACGACCAGAAUUGCUAGUAAAUACGACCAAGUCUUUGUCAUACAAGGAGCCAUACUUCUCUCGAAAGAGUUGGCCAUGACGAAAUUCUGUCGUUGUCCCUGAAUAUGGACCUUUUGAGUUAUUAACAUCUGUCUCCUUUUCGUAGUACUCCUUAUCCGAUACAAAGUACGUAUAAUCAUUGAGAAAUUCCAACUCUCCUUGAAACUUAUGAGGAUAUUCCUCAAACACUUUCAUUACAGACUCAAAAAAUACACCAUCUCGUUUAGAAGGAUAUCGUUCACCAUGUCGUGAUAGCAAAUGCACUUGUUCGAUAGAACACUCUUCUGGGAUUGAAGUGGAUAUACCAAACCCUGUGCGUUGUCUAUAUGGUGCAGAACCACCUAAAUAUUUGAUGAUGUUGUACUGUUCAGUAGAUGCUUGUUGUGGUGAUGCAACAUCUUGGAAUAUGGACUGACCUGCUAAUAGCAAGCUUGGAUUGAGUUUUACUGAAACCAUGGGACCAUGGUUGGUUGUUACCACCAC